AUGGCUGACACUAAGCACAGCGUGCUCCAUAUCGACGACGACCCACAAGUCACGCGGAUCGUGAACCGACAGCUUUCACUUCGCGGCUAUGAGGUCACUUCGCUCAAUGAUCCCAGCCUGGUCGUUGAUUAUCUGCUGGAAAAUGAAUGUCGCGUUGUCAUCAGCGACAUCGACAUGCCAGGAAUCAACGGCAUCGAACUACUGCAACAGAUUAAGAGGCAAGAUGGUGGCGUACAGGUCAUCAUGCUGACCGGCCUGGUCACAAUGACAAGCGUGCUUCGCUCACUGCGAUUGGGGGCUGAAGCCUGCUUGUUCAAACCCCUCACCAAAGUCGAUCCGCUGGAUCAAGCCUUGCAAGAUUCCUUUCGCAAGCUGGAUCGGUGGUGGAACACACUGGAAGAAUUGUCUCAACGCCGGACAGGUAUUUCCGUGACAACUGCCGAAUCAAACGAAUUACUCGAAGAUUUUGCUGAUGAAGCGCUCGAUUCGCUUCAGGGGCUACCAGAGCGCUUGGCCGAUUUUCGAAGCGACCCGAGUGAUUCGGAUGCCAUCAACGCGGUGUUCCGUUCGGUUCACUCCAUCAAGGGCAACGCCGGAUUCUUCGGAUUCGGUACGAUUAAAUCGUUCGCCCACACGCUGGAAAACACACUCGACCGAAUGCGUCAGGGGGAAAUUGCCCCUACCGAGCCCCUGGAAAGAUGCCUGAUCGAUUCGCUCGAUCAACUUUCCGAGCUACUGGGUGCUACUCUCGAUGGUUCUCUGCCGCAGGAACUUCCCCCACAGGCCAGUGAAUUGCUGGAGCGAAUUGCGGAGCUGAGCGUCGAAUCUUCCAAAGGCAGCGACCCGAUCGAUGCGCUGCUUGAGCAAGUCGAACUGCUGGCCGCCGAGGCUGAACUCUCUGAAUCAAACGAGUUGGCCGGCUGGGGAAUGCGGCUGCAGCAAGUUGUGGCAGCCUAUCGCAAUGAAGAUGAUUCGCUGGGGGGAAGCGGGGACGAAACCGGAGUACUGAGCCUCGAAGAAUUGCACGAGGCAACCUGGGUGUUUGGCGAUGACGAUCUCACGUCGGAAGUCUCAGCAGUACUUGGUCUCUUCUCGAGCUUCGAAGCGAAGCAAUUCAACAACGAAGUCGCUGAAGCGUUCCUGUCGGCAACUGCUCGACUAUCGACUUGGGCGCGCGAGCACAAGUUCGAUGGAAUCGGCUCGGCGGUUCUCGAGACCCGGACUAAUUUCGAAACGAUUCACAACAGCCCUCUGGACAUCGAUGACCUGUUGCUGUCCGUGAUUUGGGAUGGAUUAGCGCCUACGCUUGCUGAAUUGCGAAAGCACUCGGACAGCGCGAAGCAAGAUUCAUCACCGCUGGCUGCUGAGGAAACCCAGCAAGUAGAAGAGCACGCCCAACCAACAGCGCAAGCGGAGAAGAAAGAGACAACCCCUGCCAAGUCACGGCUGGUUCGGGUCAAAGAAGAGCGAAUUGACGAAUUCCUCGAUCAUGUAUCUUCGCUGUUCAUCACCUGCGAGUUGUUCAAAGACUUGAAUAGCCGGAUGACCAGCGAUCUACAUGGCGAUGCCUUCGUCGAUGAGAUGCGACAGAUCACGCAGACCUUCAUCGCACAAUCGCGAAACUUGCAGAAGGGCGUCGUCUCGCUGCGCAUGCUGCCAGUCUCCGGAUUGUUCGCCAAAUUCCCGCGCAUGGCCCGGUCGCUGGCCAGCCAACUGGGCAAGCAAAUCAACGUCCACGUGAUCGGCGAAGAGACCGAGUGCGAUAAAGCACUGGUCGAAGACUUGGAUGCGCCGCUAACACACAUGAUUCGCAAUGUGGUCGAUCACGGCAUCGACACUCCCGAACAACGGCGAGCCCGUGGAGUUGAUGAAACCGGUAAUCUGUGGCUGAAAGCGGAAAAGACACGCACCCACUUCUGCAUCGUUGUUCAGGACGACGGGCGGGGCAUCAACACUCAGAAAGUCAAACAGAAAGCCGUCGAGCAAGGUCUAAUUACUCAAGCUCAGUCAGACGCCAUGCCUCACGAAGACGCGUGUCAGUUGAUCUUCGGAGCAGGCCUCUCGACAGCGGAAACGAUCUCCGACGUCUCCGGGCGUGGCGUAGGCAUGGACGUCGUUCGUGCGAUUGUCGCAGAACACAACGGCGAAGUUUACGUCGAGUCGCAACUGGGCCAAGGCACGACGAUCCACAUCGACAUUCCGAUCCGCGAAGCGGUGCUGGUUGUCGAUGGGCUAAUGCUCAGGCACGCGGGACAGUCGUUCGUUGUGCCGUUCGAAUACAUUCUCGAGAUCUCCGAACUCGAUCGCCACGAGCUCCGGACGGUUCAAGGAACCACCGUGGCGACCAUCCGCGGUUCCAACUACCACGCCGUUUCGCUCAGCGAGGUUCUCGACCUGCCAGGAGCAGCCUUCGCGACACGCGACUCGAUGGCCGCUGUGCUAGUGGAUAGCAAGUUCGGAGCGAUCUGCUUAUUAGCAGACGAGGUCUCAGGUCAUCGCCAAGUGGUCGUCAACGGACUCCGCGACAUCUUGCCGGGCACCGAAAAGAUUGCCGGGGUCGCUCAAUUGGGGGCCGGGCGUAUGGCUCUCGUGUUAGGUGUGCCCGAGAUCGUCCGCCACUGCCGCUCGCUCGUCGGGGCCUAA